AUGGUUUUGACAUGGAAGAUAGCAGCUCUGAUGGGCAAGCCGCAGGAUCUAGUAAUGAAAACACACACACACGGUGAUCCUCCCAAAAAUAUCAACGAUUUGGUCUCGAGUGAAUUAAAUAAACUUCGAGGUAGUAAAUAUCGUUUCCUUCUCUUCGUGUUCAUUCCUCUGCACCAAACUAAAGGAAUCGGCAAGCAUACGAUUUCGCCCCCAGCAAAGAAACGCAAGAAGAUGUCUAGGAAUGAGAGGAAAGAGACAGCAAACUCUGUUAAAGUCCCUUCUUUCGCAUCGUUGCACAAUUUGGAAAACAGCAACAGCACAUGGAAUAUGGUGCAACCAUAUGUUAUAGGAACGCAUAAGGUGUACCCUCUGUCAGUGACGAUGCAUCAACGUUUUAUUUUGCAAUAUCUCAAUCCAACUGGAGAAUACCAAGAUCUAUUGAAUCUUGCGAUCGAAGGCCAUGCUAUGGAUCUCAUUAUGGAAUAUAUUGACUUGCAGAAAAUGCAUGACGUCCGGUUAACCUUCGAUGCUCUAAGGUAUCUCACGUCGUUGCUGGUUCAUCGAAAGUUUGCCAUGGAGUUCAUAGCUCGUGGUGGUGUGGCUGCCCUUGUGCGUGUUCCUCGUGCUUCGAUGGCAUCUGUGGCUGCGAUUACUGCUUUGUAUUACUUGUCUUACAACGAUGACGUGAUGGAGAAAAUGUGCCAGUUGAAUGAGAAAGUGCUUGAUGAUGUCGUUGAAUAUGCCUUGUGGUGUUUGGAGCACAGCUAUGAAAGUGGUAUGGGAAGCGCUGCGAUGUUCUUCACCCAUGGAUUCUACUAUAAACCUAUUCUGGAACGGUUUGAUCAGCGAGAUGGUCUUAGGAAACUUUACAACUACAUAUCUACGCUAACACUGCUGCAGGAAGCUAACAAAGAUAAGAUUGACCUGACUGAAGAACAACAUCUGACGAGUUCUCAAGCGAUACGCAACGCUUCUGCUGCUUUUAAAAACUACUUUUCGGCGCACUUGUUUGUUAAACUUGAACAAAUUAGACGCACUGUUGGUAAUAGGAUACUACAAGCUGGAUGUAGCUAUCCUGCAGGAUUGCCCAACAAUCACCGUUCGUACAAGUCCAUGGUUAUGGAUGAGGAUUCGUUCAAAGAGGGAAUAAAUCUACUUUUGACUGCUUUGCGAGCUUCAAACUCUGGAUGGAAACCAGUUGAUGACGCAAGGAAGUUGGGACUGAUCAAAACCCUGUUUGGUGUAGUUGUGCUGACGCAUGAAAUGGGCCAUGCAGGGCGGUAUGAAACUGCUAAUAAUGCUCUGCACACUUUAUGGUUGUGUUCUUGCGUUCCUAAGAUUCACAUCGAGCUUUGUGAGCCGAUGCGUUUACCAAAUGGACACGAUGCGGAUGGAUAUCAGAUCCUCAUGGAGAUAAUCAGUGGUGUGAUCCUGCCUGAGUCCGACCAUCGCUUGGCCGCUCUUAAGUUGCUUGAUAAAUUGUGUUUCAGUUCCAGAAGAGCCGUCGAAGAAAGCGGCGAAAAGAAGGACAAGGAUAGCCGCCGCAGUCGAUGUGCAAUUGUCGGUCAUUAUAACAGAGAAGCACAAGAGAAAAUAUGGGGCACUGUCCGUAAAUACAACGGAAUCAAUAUACUAAUGACAGUGAUUCGCGUCACUUUCCCUAUAGCUGACGCUGAUCAGACUCGUGCAUUGGCGUGCCGCGCCUUACGGGAAUUCGCGAAAUGGGAUCCUGUGGGACAGAUACUAUCAAAGCUCCCGCUUAUUACUGCCAAUGAACUGCAAGGCUUGAUGCGGCAACCAAUAAUGUACGAGAAAAGGGCUGAACAUGUAACAUUCUGCGAUGAGGCACGUAAGCUGAUUGAAACCGUGACGAAGCGCCCGAUGGUCGAUUUCUCGUUGAAUCCAAAAGAUCUCACUCAGGUAUCCAUUCUUUAUCAUUUGUUCUGUGUUAACACAGGUUUGUAG